AUGGCGGGCGCUUCUAUCCACGCGACGUCGCACAGCAUAUGCGGUCGCAAUUCUGUGGUCAAGCACGGCACCUUCCCAGCACUGUGGCUAAAGCCCUUUGCCGCGUACGACGUGAGAUUGUGGAGAUUCGGAAGCUGUGUAGUCGGCAGCAAGGAAGAAGGAGUAUGCGCGCUCACUCGUCUUAACGGAGAGGUUCACUACUUAGACACCCCACAACAUCUUAGGAUAUAA